AUGGAUAGACCUAUCGAAGAAGAGGACGCAGUAGAAGAAGAGGCACCCGACUGGCGAAUGCUACUCAAAUAUACCAAAAGUCUAGGUGCUCAAACAGCAGCAGGAAAUGCGGACCCUUUUAUCCCCCGACGAGGCGAAAAGGAUUUCGAGCCCACCGAAGCCCUUGCUCCCACGCAACUCAAAGCGCUCCAGGAAUCACGCCAAGCUCUUUUUACGGCAUUAUCUGCUGGUGUUCGUGGUCACUCGUCACGGGAUCAUGUACGAUGUGUUUGGACGAGCCGCAAGAGGGGCGAACGGUACGAAGACGAGCCAGUCGUCCCCCCCUAUGUUGACGGAACGGCCAAGGGAGUCUUGUUCUCUUCAAUUGGGAGAUGGAGCCGGGAGAGAAAGAGACUAGAAUUGAGCCCGGAAGAGUUGCUGUACUUGGUCGAAAGAGGAACCGUUGAAUGUUGGACUGCAGAGGACCGAGCAAGUGGGCAGGGCGCCGUCCCGAUGACUGUCCAACACGCAUGGGCUGAGAUCAUGGGAACAAGUCAAUUAUCACUCGAGCGAUAUCAGGUAUAUGCGUAUCUCAAGCGUUUGGGCUACAUCGUCCUUCGAAAAGAACAUGUCGAUUCGAUCUGGCGUUCACAAACACUUCGAACCACUACUUCAUCUACAUACUCCCCUCGCUCUUUUCUUGCGAAUUUUCUCUCGUUCACUUGUCGGCCACUGCUCAAGCUCAAAUGCUGGCUUAAACUACUCUGGGAACCAAACUCGCAGUCCUGGGUCGGUCAACAUAUCUCGACUCUCGCUGUUGCGAACCGCAGUCUGAUUCAUGAUGGAAUUUGGAAAACAUAUGAAUCCGUCUUCAAUGUACUUAGUCUGACCCCGUCGGGGCCAAAGAUUCGCUUGCCAACAGCUACAUUGGCUCCGACAACUUGUCCGGCAAGGAAUGAUGGAGGCUAUGAAGUCUUUUACUACGUCUACAAACCAAACAAUCGAUUCCCCAAAUCGAGCCCCCCGACUCCUGACUUCCAGGUUUGUGUAAUCGACUCCGAAAAAAUGUGUAUCCCAGAUAUCGUCUCUACUAACACUCUCCUCGAUACCGUCCAAGGCCCCUCCGCCCCACUAUAUCCUCCAGCAACUCCAAAGCCUGCGGCAGACCACAAGUUGGCAACUGUCAGACAGCCUUCUUCACCGUUUCACAACAAGAUGAUCUCACUGCUCUCGUUUGGCUUUUUUGGAAAUCAAUCCAAAAGUACGAAGAAACCGUUUCGACAAAACGUCUUUGCUAGACUUAAAAGGGGCGAGCGGAAUGUCUUGCUAGCUGUCAAUGAUCAUGGAAUCAUCAGCUUCCUUAAAUUCACCGAAACUCAUUUCGCUGGAACCCCGUUGGUGGGCGCACAAAGUAGUAUUUAA